UCUUUUUUCCAACCAUCAAGUACUGGUAAAAGCUCUAAAUUUGUUAUGCCCGACCUCAUCAAUGAUUUGGCUCAAGUAGUUGCAAGAGAUACUUGUUUUAGAUUGGAGGAUAGAUUGAAACAUCAGGAGCAGUGCAAAAAUAUAAAGAAAGCUCGACAUUCAUCUUACAUGCGGGAGUCCUGUGAGGGUAUGAAAAAAUUUGAGAUUUUUGAUAAAGCCAUGCAUUUACGGACCUUCUUACCAUUUUACACACCAUAUGGUUGGAAUUGUUAUUUGGCAAGCAAUGUUCCCCUUAAUCUAUUGCCGAAGCUAAGACGCUUGAGGGUGCACAAUAUGAGUAGAUAUCGCAUUAUAGAAGUUCCAAAUUCGCUUGGAGAUUUGAAACAUCUGCGGUAUCGUAACUUAUCCAACACCUACGUUGAAGAAUUACCUGAAUCAUUAGGCUCUCUUUACAAUCUACAAACAUUGAUGCGAAGAGAAUGUGAAAAACUGAAAAAAGUUGCCGAUAGACUUGGGAAACCUAAUUGACCUACGUUAUCUUAAUACCACCGGUGCAGAUUCCUUAGAAGAAUUGUCACUGGGAAUAUGUAAGUUGGUUAGUCUUCAAACACUGUCCAAUUUCAUUGUUACUAAAAACAGUGGGCAUCGGUUAAGAGAGUUGGGGAAUUUAAUUUAUCUUCGGGGGAAGCUUUGCCUAUUUGGGUUACAGAAUGUGGUGGUUCCAUUCAAGGCAAAGGAGGCGAAUUUGAAUGAUAAGGGGUUAGAUGUGUUAUCAAUGGAAUGGAGUGUUAACUCAGAUGAUUCACGAGAUGGAAGAGUUGAAACAGAAGUCCUUGACAUGCUACAACCUCACAAGAAUUUAAAAGAGCUCCAUAUCAAAGGCUACCUUGGUACAGGAUUUCCGAAUUGGAUAGGAGAUCCUCUGUUCUCCAAUAUGGCUGACCUAAGUUUAGAUAAUUGUGGAAAUUGUGCAUCCUUGCCACCACUCGGACAACUACCCUCCCUCAAAAAGCUUUACAUUAAAGGAAUGAGUGUGCUAAAGCAUGUCGGUCGUGAGUUUUAUGGGCAAGGUGGUGUUCAACCUUUUCUGUUACUGGAAACUCUAAGCUUUGAGAAUAUGCCAGAAUGGGAGGAUUGGUAUACUUUUGGAGAUCACAAGGAAGUUCAACCAUUCACUCAUGUCAAGUAUCUCUCUAUAAUAAAAUGUGCCAAACUUCUUAAAAGGUUGCCUACUGAUCUACCUUGUUUGAAUAAUCUAGAGAUUAUGGACUGCCCCAAACUCAGCGGAAUGAUGCCCAAGGAUCUACCUUGUUUGAAUAAACUAGAAAUUAGGAACUGCCCCAAACUCUGCGGAAUGAUACCCAAGGAUCUACCUUGUUUGAAUAAUCUAGAGAUUUCAAAGUGCCCGCAAUUCCUAGUUGAAGGCUCCAGCAUUAGCCUCCCAUCACUCACCUCGAUAGCUAUGGAUGACGUUCCUCUAACAAGCCUUCAAGUAGUCCUUGAGAUGAGGAGUAUGGUUGAUGAUGAAGUGAUAUCGGCAAAUGCAAAGUCUAAGCGUCCGAGUUCAAGAACUUCUUUGAGCAUUGGGAUGAUUAAGAAGCUUGAGCUCUUGCCGAAAUGGGUCACUUAUGGGCUGAUGGAACUUGAAGCAUUGGAGAUCACAAGCUGUGAAGAACUCAAGACAUUGUGGAAGAAUGAGGCAAGAAUACAACACAGUCUCCCUACAUUCUGACGUUUGAAAAUUGAAGGCUGCCCCCAGCUUGUUUCAUUGUUUGAAGAAGAUGGGGAUGAAGGCACCAAAUGGCAACAUGGGCAGCAGCAGCAGCAACAACAAGAAGAGGGACUCCCUUGCAUAGUGAGGAGGCUUGAGCAUCUAGCAAUACAUAAUUGUGAAAAGCUAGAGAAACUGCCAUAGCUGCUACACAGCUUCACUUUUCUUGGAGAGUUGUAUGUCUAUAACUGUCCGAGUCUCUGCUCUUUUCCAGAGACAGGUUUUCCGUGCACGCUGAAAACACUCAAGAUACAUGGUUGUCCAUCCCUCAUAUGUUUGAUAUCGUGCAAAGGUGGGGGGCCACCACCCACACUCAAAGAGCUUGAGAUUUGGGGGUGUGAAAAGUUGGAGGCACUACUAGCAGUAGAAGAGGGGAUGGAAAUUAACUGUCCAUCUCUUGAGUGUGUUUGGAUCAUUGGUUGUGAUAGGCUCAAAUACUUGCCAGCUGCCCUUCCUAAUAAUAAUAAUAAUCUCAGGAAUCUCAGUCGAUUGUCCUUGUAUGGGUGUAAGAAUUUGGAGUACAUUCCGGAAGGAUGGUUCCACUCCGCAACAAAUCUGACACAUCUGGAUAUCGAGGGAUGCAAAAAACUCAAGGCCCUACCACACGGAUUGCAGACCAUCAACUACCUCACCUCUCUUCAAUCGCUGUGAAUGAAUAUUUCACAAUGGAACAACAACUUCAAGAAGAUUGGUUUGCACAGUUUAUCCUCUCUUACAACACUGUCGAUUUCAGGCGCAAUUAGCGUGGCAGAUGAUGAAGAAGAAGAAGGUGUAGCGGGUUCCAGCUUUCCUAUAGAUGGGAAGUUGCUGCCCACCUCUCUGAUCAAUCUUUGGAUCGGGGGUUUCCAAAAUCUGGAGAAGCUAUCUUCUAAGUUGUUUCAAAACCUCGCUUCUCUUGAAUUUCUUUGUAUCAGGGUUUGCCCUAGGCUCAAAUCUUUACCAGUGCAAAGGCUGCCUCCCUCACUUAUAAGCUUGAGUAUCCAGCUUUGUCCUAGACUAACAGGGAAUUGUGAAAAGGGGAAAGGCAAAUAUUGCCCCACUUAGCUCACAUACCUAAAGUCGAUGUUUUUUGAUGAGUGAUAAGCUCUGUUGUGAAGAUUCCCACCGCAGUUUUACAAGCACUCAAAUUGCCAGGAUCUGAAUACAAAGAAAGGCUUCUUUCGAUAGAUUUCCUCGUCUGCUUUUAUUUCUGAGGGAACCACAACAAAUGAAAGAGUUCUCAUUUCUUUCCAACUUGGUGCAUUUGUCCCUGAAUAUCUUGUCCAUCCAAUGAUUGUUCGCUAUCCCCAUGUACACUUUGACCAAUCCUGGGGAAAAAUGGCUUUGGGAAAGCUCAUGUUUAGAAUGUUCGUAGUUUCACAAUUUCAUGGAGGUAUGUUGAGUGAUUUUUAUCUAUCUAUAGUUGCAUAUAGUGAAAAUGUAGUGAGCUUGGCUUCGCCCACUAUUUUUGUUUGUGAAAUUUCUGGGUAGUAUGUGUUACACGGUCUUGGGUAGAACUCACCCUAAAAGCUAGCUAUUAAGGUGAGGGUGUCCUUACGCUUAUAUGCUUAAUAUUACUUUAGUACUCAAGCGAUGUGGGACUUCGCUUCACACCCUCCCUUACGCCCAACGUGCUCACUUGGCAGCACCUGCGGCGUGUAGGCCAAGGACACGCACCCUACCCAUCCUUGAGUACUCUGGCUCUGAUACCAUGUUCCACGAUCUUGGGUAGAACUCACCCUAAAAGCUAGCUAUUAAGGUGAGGGUGCCCUCACGCUUAUAUGCUUAAUAUUACUUUAGUACUCAAGCGAUGUGAGACUUCGCUUCACAGUAUGGUGUAUGAGGUGGCAAUUCAUAUAUAUAGGUUGUUAUAGUGAUGUCCCAAUUUGCUAUUUUUCUUUUGAUAACUAACUCACUCUCGCAGAUCAUCAAUACUGAUUAUUCAUCAGCUUAAAUGUACAUGCAUUUAUAUGAUGUGUCCUUGAUUAUAUUAUAGUUUGAAUUUUGGUUACUGGAUAACUUGUAUGUUGUAAAAAGUUGAAUGAAGUCAUUUAUUAAAUUGUAUUGGUUGAAUAUCUUCCUGUUGUUUUACCCCUUGAAAAUCAGUAGGAAAAAUGCUGCCCAUUUUGCUCAGAGGGUGAAUCGCCAUUAUUUGAUUAAUCUUUGCUGCCUUGUUGGCUUUAGUUGAUAUUUUAAUAUUAAGUAUAUUCUUAUACAUCAAAGUUUUUAAUGGACUCAUAACGUACAAUUUGUUAAUUUUUUGUAUAUUGUUAACAUGUUUUGUAUUUCAUAUGCUUAGGCCUCGUUUUGGAACCGACUAUUUUAGUAAUUUUU